UUAGUAUGCUGUCUCUGUCAUGACCCCUGUCCACCAGCUGUUGAGGAGAUUGGACAGGGGCGGCAUGAUCAUGUCCAUGAUGUACUCAUGGUCGCAGAAGUUGGCGCAACAGGUGGCUGUUGUUGACGUCCCUAAUGACAUGCGGAGGCCGUGCGUGGAGGCGGUGCAGAUCCGCACCAUGCAUAUGCUUGAGCCGAUGCACGCUGUGGCGCACCUGCUCAACCCCCGUAGGCGCUCCCUCCGUUACUACGAGUCCGCCCACAGGACAGCUGCGGACCUCGAGGUCGUUACCGAGUGCGACUCGUUUUUCCUGGCGCAGACAGGCGGUGAUGCGGCGGGGGAUGCAUACUUGCGGGUGCGUCAGCAGAUACGAUCCUUCCACUCCAGGGUUGGCCACACGACGGACAGGGUGACGAGGGACGCCGAGGUGGAUGCCUGUGUAGGGGACGAGGAGACGAGCAGCGACCGCAGCGGGGGGUACAUUCUUCCGUGGGGCCACAUGGAGACCCUGGCUGAGGUGCGCCCUAACGAGUACACACACACCCCGACCACCGCCGAUAGGGAUGAUGAGGAGGAGCCUGAGCCAGAGGAGUGGGGAGCCCGACCUCGGUCGGCAGUGGCCGCACACGAGGUUAGUGCACAGGUCCGUCGAUUCCAACAGCAGGGCUCUCGUCGUCCGGACCGAGUUGCUGAGGUUUUCGGUCCCAGAGCCGAGACACUUCAUCCUUACGACAAUGUGCCCCCACCGCCAGCAGAGCUGGCGGAGACGUCGAGGCAGGAGUCUGACUCGGAGGGUUUGCCGCCCGGUGUAGAUAAGAGUGUCGAGAGACUGUAUUACACGUACGGUGUAGGACCGGACGGUUUUCAGCCAGACUGCACCGUCAUUCAGGAGAGAGACGACGAUUCUUUUUCCCCUAGUGGGGGUGGUACUGGCGGGCCGACGGGACGUGCUGCACGAGGUGCGAGUGGAGGUGUUACAGGCGAGCCUAGUGGAGGGGUCACACACGACGAGGGAGAACGUACUUCACUACUUGCUCAGCACACUGCUGAGAGAGAGAGGGAGCACGCGAGGCCGGCCUGCACGGACGACGACGACGACGACGGCGACGACGACGUGCCAUUGGUCUUUCACAGAGCACGCAUGGCAAGCGAUAGAGCUCCGUCCGCCACCGAGGGUCUUAGGAGAUCACUUCGGUUGCAGACGCAGGCCGACUUGUUCACGUCAGACGCGAGGUAGGGGCACGUUGAUUCGACCGUGUCAGAGCAUGGAGAUCCUGCCGUGUCGGACGUCGUACUUGGAUUUCGUGCGACAGACAUGUUGCAGCCCGAUGAUGUACGGACUGAGGAGGCAGUUCGUACAGAGGGUGAUUCAGACAAGCAUGGGGACGGAGGGCGUGGAUCCGAUGUGGAGGCCGAUGAUGGGGCGGAUAUUGCGGGGCGACUUUCACCGUCGCCUAGUGCCGGUCCAGGUCAAUUGUCACACGGCGCCAUUGGGGGUGACGACAUGGACCUACAGACUGAUGAUCCGGAGGAGGUCGGAGGCAGUAUGUCUUUGGCGUUAGUGUUGUGGCAUCCUUCAUCGGUGCCGCACGACGUUCCGUCAGAGCAUGUCGAGGGAGGAGGCGGUGCCGAUGAGGAGGAGGAGGGCGGUAUACCACCUGGCCUUCAGGACCACGCCAGAGCAGAUAUGGAGGAGGGGGAGAUUACACCUGGGUCACUCGACCCUGAUGCGUUGCACCGUGCAGGAGUGGAGGAUCCGAUUAGCAGGGAGUUGCAGGAUCUCUUGGGGUCGGGGUUCGAUCGCCUCCGUUGUACACACCUAUGACCCCUCGGUAUUCGGGCUCUCCGGCGAGCUUGGAGCGCG